GUGUUUACUAUGGUACAUCAUGUUACGAGGAUAUGAAUGAAAUACGUCACCGCGGAGCGCGCAGACGUCACUCUCGGUACCGGCCUUGACGUCGCGGGAGCGCGCACGGGAGAUAAGUGACGUUUAAAUGCGGGAUGCACGAACGAGCGGCGCGGGGACACGCGGCGCGCGCACUCACGGAAGUUGAUCUAGUUCUGCGAGUGCUGUGAUCUGAUUGGAGGAAGUUGAUCUAGUUCUGCGAGUGCUGUGAUCUGAUUGGAUGGGUCUUACACUGAGUUGCUGGCUGAGGGACAGCCAUCUUAAAAAACACCACAGAUCCUCAUCCGCGUUCAGUCCGUUCUCUGAAGCCCCGCCCAUUCGGCUCGCGGUGCUUCUGGACACGCCCCCCGUCGCCCCCGGCGACCCUCGAUCGCAGUGGAGCCGGACGCACCUGUCGCCUAACCUGCAGGUGUGUGUGUCGGGCGGGAGUGUGUGUCGAGCCCGUGUGGAGCAGAGCAGUGAUGCGGUUCGUGGAGCCGUCGGCGUAGAGGCGGGGCUUCACAUAUGGGAGGUUCGGUGGGAGGAGCUACAGAGAGGAAGCCACGCCCUCCUGGGCGUGUCCACACAGACAUGCCCCCUGCAGGCCUCAGGCUACAAAGCGCUAAUAGGCGGAGACUCGUGUUCCUGGGGCUGGGACCUCUCGACCAAUCAGCUUUGGCAUGACGGGAAGAAAAGGAGGCGGUACCCUGGGGGCGGAGCCUCGGAUGACCCAAGCGUUCCGGAUCGUGUGUUAGUGGUUCUGGACGCAGACGCGGGGACGCUGGGAUACGUGGUGGACAACUGCUAUCUGGGCGUGGCCUUCAGGGACCUCCCCAAAGGGGCGGAGCUAUUCCCUGCCGUGAGCUGCGUGUGGGGAGGAGCUCAAAUCUGCAUACGCUACCUGUGUGGCACGACACGAGACGCUCCGGCUCUACAGGCUCUGAGUCGGUUAUCUGUGCGCCGGGCCCUGGGGUCAGACGGGCCCCGGAGCCGGACUCUCCCACCGGCUCUACAGCGCCUCCUGCUGGACCCCUGAUCACACACACACACACACACACACA